AUGGCACAAUUGAAGAGAAAGUUAGAUAUAGAGACCUCUCCAGGUGUGCCGGCCACGCACUCGUUUUCACAAUCUCAGCAUGUUUCUAAUGGUAAAAGAAUAAAUUCUCAAGUUCCAAUAUAUGCAAAACAUUUAGUUCAACCUUAUAGACGAAUAAAAAAGAUUGGUCAGGGAAAGCAUUCCAUAUGUUAUGAAAUCAUUCACCCUAAUGGAGAUACAUAUGCUAUGAAAACUUUACCUAUUCGUGAUCAUAAAUUUAAAAGUAAUCAUAUGUCUCGAAUUAUAAAUGAAAUUGAAAUCCAUAAAUUACUUUCUACUCACAACAAUAUUGCAACUUUUAUAGAAGAAUUUCAAGUACAACAUGAGUAUGUUGCAAUAGUGAUGAACUAUUACCCUAACAAUUCAAUAGAGACACAUUUUAGUAAUGGAAUUCAACUACGGGAAUGGGAAGUCCGUAAACUUAUGACUCAAUUACUUGGAGGUGUAUUUUGGAUUCAUGAGAAUGAUAUUGUACAUGGUGAUUUGAAGUUAGGGAAUCUCUUAUUGGAUGAACAUUUCAAUUUGAAAAUAUGUGAUUUUGGUCAUUCUUUUAAUAAUUGUAACAAUGAAAUAUAUACAAGAAAUUUUAUUAAUUCAACCACAUUUAUUUCAAAUCAUAAUAAGAUAAUUGGUACUCCUAAUUAUCUUGCGCCUGAAAUUAUUGAAAGAAUCAUUAAACAAAAUACCAAUGAUAACCUUAUAUCAUUUGAGGUAGACGUAUGGGCAAUUGGGGUUAUCCUCUAUGUCUUGGUAGUUGGAGCAUUACCAUUUUUGGAUGAUACACUAGACAUGAUGUGCGAUAAAAUAAUGAAUUGUUCUAUUGAUUUUCCUGAGACGAAUAGAAACAAUUUUAAUAUAUCAAAUGAUGUAGUGUUUCUGAUUAGAAAUAUACUUAAAAGGAAUCCAUUAGAGAGACUAACAAUACCUGAAAUAAUAGCAAAUAAAUGGUUUCAAUCUUAUUUUCCAGAAUCAUUUAAUAUAUACGACAAUUUAAGCUUAGAUAGCUAUGAAAAUUCUUCAAUGAAUUUACAAUCAACUUUAAAUUUUAAAAAAUGUUUAACGGAUUCCGGUUUCUCUAAACUAAUGAAACCAAUACACGAUAAUGACGAUAAUGACAACAAUAAUGACAACAGUAACAAUGGUUACGACUAUAAUGAAAGACGAUCAACUAAAAUAGAUAUAUUUAAAUCAGAACUAACCUCACCACGGAAAGGAAGCAAUUCACUUACAGAAAGUUUUAUUAAUAAUAAUAAAUCUGUUGACUUUCGAAAGAUCAGAUUAUUCCUAACUUAUUUAGAAGAGCAUUCAAAUGCUGCGAAAUUAGAGAGGAUACAAAAGAUUAAACAAUAUCAACCUCCUACUGUAGUAUUCAGUAAUCCAGUUGAAUUGGAGACUCCAAAAAAUAUUUUAAUUAGUCAUUAUCAACUGACACUUGAAAGAAUUUUAGAAAGUGAACAAAUAUUGCUGUCAUCUGGACAACUGUGUCCCGAUAAUCAAAGUAAUGGUACGCAGACUACUUUUACAUAUGUCACCACCAAGAAUAUCGAUAUAAGCGGAGCUAAUCAAGGAUUAUUUGUGUAUCAAUUAUCAAAUGGUGAUAUUGGUACACUAUUCCCCAAUGGACACACUUUAUUAAAACUUUCUGAUUCUAAUGCAAUCUGGUAUUUGGUUCCUGAUCACGAAUAUGGUUGGAUAUCUAAGUGUUUUGAUUGUAACAACUUAUCAAUUGAAUUACAAGAAAAGUUAAAUGAUGCCAACAUAGCAUCCAACUUGUUAAAUACAAAUAAUAAUGGGAUGAAUAUGAAUGGUCUACUUACAAAAGAACCAGGUGUAGAAGAUGUAUUUGUUCGAAAUGUUACCACAUAUGAAAAUAAUCAAAUAACAAUGAUUGAGUUGAGUGAUGGAAGUAUUCAAUUUGACUUUGAUGAUGGUGAUGAAUUUUCUAUCCCAUUAACAUUAUCAAUAAGAAACUACGGUGAAAGUAUAACUCUUUUAUCUAAAGUUGAAGGUAUCAAAACGUUAAAAAUACUUGAUUUUAUACAAAGAUUUGAAUGUGAUAAAAGUAGCUCACAUAUUAGGGAUAAAUUAAUAGUUAUAAAGAAAUGUUUAAAAGAGAGAAAUAUGUCUCUAAUUACAUCACUUAGGUAA